CCGUCGAGGAAUCAGGAAAAAGUCGAGAUAAGCAUGCUGAGAAAUUUCUUCUUCAUUCUUACGUUACUUGUAAUUCUAUCGUACUUCGUCGUGGCGGACAUCAGAAAGGACUGUCGCAAAGAGUCCAAGGUUUCAUGGGCCGCGUUAAGGAGGUUCAAGUCCGGCAACUUGGAGCCAGAGGACCCGAAAUUGAAGUGCUACCUUCUGUGCUUCAUGAGAAGGAACGGCAUCGUGGACCAGAACGCCAAGGUGGAUGUACAAAGAGCCCUCCGUCAUCUUCCGCGAAGCAUGCAGGACUCGUCUAAAAAACUGUUCAACAAGUGCAAAUCCGUUCAGGGAACUGAUCCGUGCGACAAGGCGUACCAGAUGGUCAAGUGUUCCGUGCAAUCUCAACCAGAGAUUUUGCACAGCAUUCCUUUCCUCUAGAGCUCUCGUCGGGAGAGGUAGCCGCUGGCAGACACUCGAG